AAUGUGCAAAGAAUUAUUGUAGUACUAUUAUUAAUCUUUUUUCCCUCUUAAAACAACUAUCCCUGCCAAACGAUUUAUCAAAUUCAAAAUUUGGCAUUUGUUAGAUUUGCAGCACAUAUCAAGAAUGGGAUAUGGAAUAGAAUGUUGCUCUUAAAGAAGCUGGUAUAUGGAAAAGUGUAUAUAUAUUGACAAGAGCCUUGCUUUGCAAGAUAUACUUGUUAAAACGGGUUAUAACAUGGCUUGCAGUUUUAAUGAAUGACUAAUGCAUUUAGGAUUCUUUGUAAAACGUUGCAAAAUGUUAACAGAUGUUGUGAUCUAUUGAAGUGUUUAUGGGCACAACUUUGCCCCCCUUAUUUGUUGAGUAAUUCCUGGCAUUAAAUAGAGAUAAAACUUCAAAAGUAAUUUGAUUUAUUUGGAAGUUUCACAGGCUCUGAUAACAAUUGCAUUGAAAUUUAUUUGCUGUCUUUAAAGACAAAGCUAACCAAAAUGCAUGACAGCUUUUGAUAGGGGAUAAAAACAUUUUUUAGUAUGAUCAUUGCUGCUGAUAACAUGCAUUUAGAAAUUCGGUUUCUGUAUUUUUUUAAAUUCAGCCCAUUUAAAUCAGGAGAAACCUAGAAAAAUACAGUAUAGAAUGCACAUGUGUUCUUGUGUAUUUGUAUAAACUUUCCCCCCCAAAAAACAAGAGUGUCUUCAUUUUAUAAUGCUGUUUAUGGAGUGGGUGAAUAAAAGCACGGGGAUUCUUACAUCAAAUGCAACCUGAGCAUAACAGAACCAGAUUAAUGUCCUCAGAAGCAAUGCUGGAAAAGAAGAUAGCAAUUGGAAGCUAGUGCUUUUUGCCAUGCCUCUGAGUCAUGUGACAGAUACUCUUAACAGAAUGUAAAUUGCCUGUUCAGUGGGAUCAAGCAGUCACUCACUGAAUGCACAGUUCAAAGGAGGUGUGCCUAAGUCCCGUGCCAAACUGCAGGUGGAUCCAUGUCAGAGUUUCAGAGCCCGUGGGAAUUAUAUCAACAGAAUAUCCCAGAUGAACUGGAUGUUGAAAUGGAGCCGAUGGCACCGUGUCCAACCUUUACGGAUAAAGCCACCGACUUUGACAGGAACAUUCCCCGGAUCUGUGGUGUUUGUGGAGACAAAGCUACCGGCUUUCAUUUUAACGCUAUGACUUGUGAAGGAUGUAAAGGAUUUUUUAGGAGGAGCAUGAAAAGAAAAGCGAUGUUCACAUGUCCAUUCAAUGGUAACUGUAAAAUUACCAAAGAUAACCGGAGACACUGCCAAGCUUGCCGGCUGAAGCGUUGUGUUGACAUAGGCAUGAUGAAAGAAUUUAUUUUGACCGAUGAAGAGGUUCAGAGGAAAAGAGAGAUGAUAAUGAAGAGGAAGGAGGAGGAAGCUCUUAAGGAAAGCCUAAAGCCCAAAUUGCUGGAGGAACAACAACAAGUCAUUGAAAUUCUUCUUGAAGCCCACCGCAAAACUUAUGAUCCUACUUACUCAGAUUUCUCUCAAUUCCGACCUCCUGUAAGACAAAAUGAUAACAAAGAACAAACAAGUAGAUCUUCUAGCAUGACACCAGGUUUUUCCUUCUCAGAUGACUCUUCAGAUACCUCCAGCUUCUCUUCAGAGCCAAUGAUGUUUUCCAGUCUGGAGUUGAACGAUGACAGCACAUCCAUGUCCAUUGACUUCUCCCACCUCUCCAUGUUGCCUCACCUUGCUGAUCUUGUUAGCUAUAGCAUCCAGAAAGUUAUUGGAUUUGCUAAAAUGAUUCCAGGGUUCAGAAGUCUAACGGCGGAGGAUCAGAUUGCUCUGUUGAAAUCCAGUGCCAUUGAAGUGAUAAUGCUCCGUUCCAAUCAGUCAUUCUCCCUGGAGGAUAUGUCCUGGACUUGCGGCAGCAAUGACUUCAAAUACCAAGUCAGUGAUGUCACUCAAGCUGGCCACAGCCUAGACUUACUGGAGCCCCUCAUCAAAUUUCAAAUUAGUCUGAAGAAACUGAACCUGCAUGAAGAAGAACAUGUGCUCCUAAUGGCCAUUUGCAUCCUUUCUCCUGAUCGCCCUGGUGUUCAGGACACAGCUCUGGUGGAGUCCAUCCAGGACCGUCUUUCACAAAUCCUGCAGACGUAUAUUCUUUGCCGACACCCUCCUCCGGGCAACCACUUGCUCUAUCCCAAAAUGAUCCAAAAACUCACAGACUUAAGGAGCCUGAACGAGGAGCAUUCCAAGCAAUAUCGCUGCCUCUCCUUCUUGCCUGAACAUAGCAUGCAGCUCACUCCACUGGUCCUUGAAGUCUUUGGCAAUGAAAUCUCCUGAGUCACCACUGAGGAAAAAGCACAUGGAAAUCAAGAGUGUGUGUGGGGGUGUCAGCCUAGCUUUCUACUGGCUACAAACGAAAGUUUUUACCCCCACGUGAGAUUAUGCAUAUUCUGUCAGUGAGAAUUUUGAUUUCUUCUCCCACCCCCCAUGCUACCUGAAGAGCCACAUUCUUGAUAUACAUUUCCAGUCUCUCUGAGGAACAACCUGAUUCGUCUUACUCCACCUGCCCUUCAAAACUGAAUGGCUUUCUCUCUUGCUACUUUGCAGUGAUGAAAGGCAGCAGUUGAAACAUGGCCUUAGAAAGAUACCAAUUGUGUAAGAGCGCCCACAGAGAAUGAGUGGAAUGAAAAAUGGAAUUUGGAUAUUCUCCUUUCUAUAGGCUAGUAAAAGCUUUCAGUCCUGGAUUAUUGUAAUACACAGAGAUAUCGAAGUGCUCAUUUUUAUUGAAUAUAAGCUUAUAAUUUCCUGCCAAAUACCAACAGUCACUUUAGCAGUGAAAAGGGCAGCAUAUAAAUUUAAUACAUAAAUUUAAUUAAUAAGUAAGAUGCUUCAACAGCAGCAAAACUUCUGUUUAUUAGCCAAAUGAGGAAUAGAAGAAAGAUUUGUUAGAAUAAAUAAUCAUCAUCUUGGGUUUUGGUUUUUUUUUUAAAUGCAAUUUGUCAAAUGCAUAGAAAUAUGCCAGCACUUUUAAAGCUCUUAAUAAUUUAUAAUAGGAACUGGAAGACUUUGGCUUUAAUCAUACACUCCUUGGUGGGGAAUAUGGACACGUUCUUAAAAACCAGGCUCCUGCCAGAAUCUCUGCACUAUUAUAACCAUGGCUAUGUUUGCUGCUUUCAGCCUUAAACAGUGUCUGACACUACUAAUUACUAAGAGUUGAUGAGGAAUAAUCCAGAAGUAUAAUACUGACAUUCUAUCCAAGAAUGCUUGGUUUGUUCAGAAAAAUUGUAUAGUAGCACUUUUUAAUGGAUUGUAGAAAGGAUUCCUAUGAUCAGAUUAAAUCAUAUACAAAGCAGCUUAAUUAUCUGAUACAGAAUAAGCAAUUUUCAGUUGUUUCCAAUUUGGGGCUAUGAUGUUUGAGUCAGUUCUUAAGUCAACCUCAGGAGGCUGAAACUAAUUUAUUUUUGAUACUGGUAAAAUGUUUACUCUAAGUUUGACAACCUCUAGGCUACUUGAUUUCUAGAAAAAUUAAGUAUAUAUGAGCCAUUUGUUGACAAAGAAAAGAUCUUGUCAUCAAUAAUGACUUCACCAAGAAUAUGUGUGGUUUAGGUAGCUUUUGUUGCAUUGGUCCCAAAUAAUAUGAAAUAAUAUGUGGACCAAUUUCUGUUUGAUGAAGGAAUCUACAAACAUUUGGGUGAGAGAUUUAUUAAGACUGCACCAUUAAAAAUGAGUUAAUUGUCAGUUUGAAAGAGAAAACAUGAUUUAUAGCUUAAUGUUCUGCUAAAACUUAGGUUGUAGAAUAUAUUGCUUACUUCAAAGACACAUUGAACAUUCACCAUUGUGUCGUUCUGUUUGAUUUUAAUUCUUGGUGAUAACAGCAGUUUGCACACUCUACAUCGCUAUAUAUUUUAAUCUAUCAGGUAAAAUAAUUAUUCUUCACAGACAGGAACAGAUUAGACAAGCAUUUU